GCCAUUGGUCGAGACGAGCAGUGGCGUCACAGACUCCGCCUCGCCCUCCCCCCGCAGCAACAACGCGACGGGCGUGCCCCCUACCUAAGAUGGCCGCUUGAGGCACGCGCGGGGAGAACUACACAAGAACCACCGCGGGGUCGCGAUUCAAGACGCCCAAGCCGCCUCGCUCGAAGGAACGGCGCGCGCGAUAUCACGGCAAUGUUCGCCGAGCUGAACCUGACGGGCGGCGCCAGCGCUAAGCCGCAGCACCUGCAGAGCGUCGUGGAGGCGGCAGCGAGGCUGGGAUAUUCAACCGUGGCCAUCACAACCGUGGUGGAUUUGAGUGCGAAGGGCCAGGAAAUCAAGCGACCGCAGGUCCCGCAGUUCCUCCUGGAGAAUCCUCCAAAAGUACAGGGCUCGGGGAAACCCUUGAAGAUCCUGACGCGGCUGACGGCUAUCAUCACAGACCCUUCCCAUGGGAACAAAAUGCGCACGGGUCUGGAAUGCUACGACAUCAUUGCCGUGAUGCCCAAGUCGGAGAAAGUGUUUCACAUGGCGUGCAUGGAUCUCGACGUGGACAUCAUCGUCAUCGACGGCACGGAACGCCAGCCGUUUUACUUUCGUCACCCGUCCGUCCGAGGGGCCAUCGCGCGCGGCGUGUUCUUCGAGCUGUCGUACUCGCCUGCCGUUCGCGACGCCGCCGCGAGGCGGAGCACCAUCUCCAACGCGCUCAGCCUCACGCUGGUCUGCAAGGGCAAGAAUGUCAUCAUCUCCAGCGGCACCGACAACCCGCUCUAUCUACGAGGACCCUAUGAUGUCGCCAACCUCGCCCUGCUGUUGGGCCUGUCGGAGAGCGAGGGGAAGAACGCCGUCUCCUCCAACUGCCGUGCCGUCAUCAUCCACGCAAAAACGAGGAAGAUGGCCAAGGGCGUCAUCCUGACGGAGAGACUCGGUGACCCCGGUGGAGGGGAGAGGGACGCCAAGUCGACCGUGGAGGCGAAGAGAGGGGCGGACGAGGUGGAGGAGGUAGCAGCGGCGGUGGCAAAAGACGAGGAGGUGGAGGAGGGACCUGCAAAAAAGAGAUCUCGGAAAAAGUGACGAGCUUGAAGCCAUUUCGCCACGUCAAUCGCGUGACGCGAGAAGAGGCGACCCAAAAAAAGUGUUCUGUUUAUGACUAAACAGUGACCGAUGAUACAGCGGAAGGUUUCUUUAUUUAAUAAAUUCUUUUGUACUACUUUUCCUAAAUUUAUUUUAGUUUUGUACCAGUUGUGCUGUUGGUGUCGCGUCGUCACGAAGCGUGGUCUCGGAAAUCUCACGCAGCGCCCCCCCCCCCCCCCCCCCCUUGGUGUUGUUCGAGGGUGGCCCGCAGAAGCGGAUAUCUCGGAGCUAGCGCUGAGAUCCCCUUUUUCAAGCGACCACCGGUCCACACGCGGGCACUGUCCCACUCACUCGCUGUGCGUACGAGAGUGACGUUUUUUGCGCGACAAGUCAUAUCCGUUUUUUGUUGUUGGCAGAGCUGUCCAAAUUAGGCGCGGAACCAAAAUUGAAUGUACCGUCGCUGAUCACCGGGCUGAGACCAUCAGGUCACGACAGAGCGACAGUUUUAAAACUUCUGUAAAUAUGAAACUACCGGUUUGCACCUUUCAAUCCCCCCAGGUCUUAUCCAAAUAGCGAAUUCCUACGUCGGCACUGCGAGUCUUGACGUGUCCGUGGUGCUCUCCAAGAGCUCUCUAGAAUGCCGCCCCCCGUCUCGCAGAGGCUCUCCCGCCAGUAGAGCGCUCCCCCGCAGGGUCUUUAGGCCUACUCUUCCACACUGGUCGUGACGUCCUGGAAGUGUAAUUACAACAUAAGCGACUUGAUUUUGUGUGUAUUUCGAGGGUUGAGUGUUUCCUUGAUUAAACGGCUGUGUGUACAGUUCCUUCCUGA